AUGUCCUUGUAUGACGAGUAUAGGCAUCAGCAUGUUGUGGGAUUAGAAGGUGGUAUCGAUCCAGAUUAUGAUCAACUGAAAAAACAUCUUUCGGACACGUUUAGUAAUAUUCAAAUCUACCAAGAUCUCGAUGCAUGUGUCGACUUCUUAUGCAAUUUAUCUGAAGGUAAAACCAGAGUUUAUCUGAUUCUUCUUGGACUUCGAACAGCUUAUAUGGCUGAACUAAUAUCGGAUUGGCCACAGAUUGCUCACAUCUAUCUAUAUGAUCAAAAAAGUGAACAACCACUAUUAUCAAAUAACAAAUAUCUUCGAUUUUCUACGAACAGUAGUCGAAAUUUAUUCAUUUCAUUGGUGCGUGAUAUCGAACUCGAACAAGGUAUUCCUCCUGCUAUGACUUAUUUUACUUCGAAUACAUUGACAACCGAACGAUCCCUACGUGAUCUUUGUUCUGAUCAUCAAUCAGCGACAUUUGUUUGGCAUCAAUUGCUGAUCGACGUCAUUCGUCAACUUCCACGAAAGCUCAGUGAUAAAGAAGAGAUGAUCGAUUUCUUACGCUCCUAUUUCCAAGAUGAUAUUGUUCAGCAACAACACAUUGAUGAAUUUAUUGCAAAAUACGAGUCAAAGGAUGCCAUUCGAUGGUAUACUAAACCGGAAUUUCUCUUUCGUGUACUCAAUCGAGCAUUUCGUACGCAGAAUAUUGAUAACAUAUUCACACUUCGAUAUUUUCUUCAAGAUUUAUAUCAUCAGUUGGAGAAUGAAUAUCAAACACAACGUGAAUGGCUUGAAUCCGUCAUUGUCCAUCGAGGUCAAUUGAUGUAUCAGGAUGAUUUUGAUGCGUUAUUGAAGAAUAGUGAACAGGGAAAUUUGAUUGCUUUCAAUAGUUUUUUAUCGACCACCUUUGAUCUCGAUGUCGCCUCAGUCUUUGCCGGAUCGAAUACGAAUACUAAUCCAAACGAAAUUCCGGUUAUUUUUCAACUUGUUCUCAAUUUGGAGCAGAGCAAAUUACCGAUAGUUAACAUUACACAUUUUAGUUCUGUGCGUAGCGAGAAUGAAACACUUAUAGCUAUGGGUAGCGUUUUUCGAAUUGAUCAAAUCACUGAAGAUAAAGAGAACAGAGUUUGGCAUGUAGAGUUGACUUUGAAUGAUGAAGUAAGCGAACGGUUAAGUUCGAUGAUUCGUUAUUUGAAAGAACAAACGGGUAAUCAAUCAACAUUGAUAGUUCUCGGACGUUUUCUCGGUGAUAUGGGUGAUCUGUAUCGAUCUGAACGAUAUUUUCGACUACUUCUGCGUGAUUUACCAGCCGAUCAUCCUGAUAUCGGUACUAUCUUGAACAAUCUUGGGAUACUUUUACACAAGCAAAAUCAACACAAUGAAGCCAUCGCGCUCUUUCGACAGGCUCUUCAGGUUCUCCCCGAUGACCAUGGUGAUCAAGUAUGUGUAUAUACAAGUAUGGGUGCAAGUUAUCAAGCCUUAGGUAACGAUAAAGAAGCAUUGAGUGCCUAUUUUAAAGCAUUGGAAUUUAAAAUGUUUCCAGAAGAUAAAGCAAAGAUUUACAAUAAUAUGGCUUGUAUCUAUAGGCAUCAACAUCAAUAUGACGAAUCAAUCCGUUAUCACGAAUUAUCACUUUAG